AACGCAGAAUCCUUUAGACUGUCUGGGCGUGUUCGUGAACUGGAGGAGGAACGUGCUCGACUCCACUCUAAUACUAGUCAAUGCGCUAGCCAACUCGAUCGAAUUAAAAAGAGUCUCUUUGAGAACCGCGAACGCGUUGAAACCCUUGAGUCGGAGAAUGCGGCGUUACGCAAGGUAAUCAUCUUGAAUGAAGAGUAUCAUAUUAUUUUUAUUGUUUUUAGGUAUUAG